UUCUCAGAAAUGAAGAGAGGAAAAAAGAAUGCUUCUCUUAUUCUUUGCCCUGGUCUGGAGCUACGGGGGCUUUAAGUAUGAGUGUGUUUGUGUAAGAGGAUUGGGUUGGGGGCCUUCUGACUGCCAUUGAUCCAUCCAUCCACCCCAUUUACUCAUUUGGUAAAUCUUUAUUGAGUUAAUGUACUGUGUUCUGGGCACCCUAUAAAGGGACAUAAUUGUCUCCAUCUCUUCAGUUGUUUCUCCCAUGUCUGGCAGUGUGUUUGGCAUUCAUACCCUCUUCUCUUAAACAGAGGUGACAGCUAAAAGAGUAAAGCCUAGUAUGGACAGAAGGAAGGAGAGUGACUGGGGUAGUGACUGAGUGGAGGCACGAAGGAGCUGUGUUUUCUCAAAUCAUUCAGGGUGCAUUUUGCUCUCCUCAUGGGCAAGGAUUUAUCCAUCUUUAGAUCUAAGAGGAGGUGAGGAUGGAACAUAACAGGUGACUGGCAGACUGCCCUGGGCCCAAGGCUCUACCUUGGGUACCAGUGACAAUUCUAGAGCAGAGUGUUUCAACCUCCAACACAGAAACUGAAUCCUGGACUGGCUACCAAGGGAUCAUGCCAGCUGCUGGCUCUGAAGUUGGCUUUGGCUCUGAGCUCGAUCUGUGGAAGUUGGGGCCCAGGCCCCUGGCUCCUGGCUCAGCAGCUUGUAUUGAUCUCCCAGCCUCUUUUGUCUCCUCCUCCCCAGUGGAAGCCUCUCCCCCUCUGCCUCUCAGCCUCUUCCGCUUUCCUCUUCAGCUUCUAAUGAACUGAAAUCUCCCAGAGCCGCCAAGGCUCUGGUAGUUUCACAGAACUGUCCUUGCUAUUCCUGCAUCUGCCCGGUCAAGGGUAUCUUUGCCUGAGGUCGGAUGGAUGCUAUUAGUGCCAAUGAUAUGAUUGCAUAGCAACACAGAGCGGCUCCGAAAGAGGGGAGGAGGGGCAGGAGAAGGAGGACAGGGAGGUGGGAGAGACGGAGGGAGAGUGUGCAUACAGCAGCUGUCGGCAUUCCUGUCUCAGGGACUUCUUUGCUGAUUCACAGAAGCAGCCCAGCUCCAGCCACCCAGCUCCCAGUUGCCGCCUGAUCCUCAGACCUGCCGGAAUCAGAAGGUGCUUAUGCUCAACAGUUGACGUACUGCCUGUCCCCACCCACCCCCAUGAGCCUCGGUUCUGAUGCAACCUAUGGUCAUGCAGGGAUGCCCUUACACCCUCCCACGAUGUCAUAAGUGGCGGGCAGCUGACAAUUUCCAUCAUAGCCGCAGCCUCCGAAGCACCUGCCCCCAGCCUCAGGUUAGAGCUGCUGCCGCCACCCCUGCGCCUCCUCACAAUGGUGCUGGGGUACCCUGCCUAAGUCCAAAGCUAUUCAACGGGUCUGUUGUUGCCGCCAGAACCCUGGAACCACCAGCCAUGAAUCUGUGUUGGAAUGAAAUAAAAAAGAAGUCUCACAAUCUCCGUGCCCGGCUAGAGGCCUUCUCAGACCACAGUGGAAAGCUUCAGCUCCCUCUCCAAGAGAUAAUUGACUGGCUCAGCCAAAAGGAUGAGGAAUUGUCAGCUCAGCUGCCCCUACAAGGGGAUGUGGUCCUGGUUCAACAGGAGAAGGAGACACAUGCGGCCUUUAUGGAAGAUGUCAAGUCUCGAGGCCCCUAUAUUUACUCUGUGCUGGAGUCAGCUCAGGCCUUCCUGUCCCAGCACCCAUUUGAUGAAUUAGAGGAGCCUCGUUCUGAGAGCAAAGAUACCUCUCCUAGACAGCGGAUCCAGAAUCUUAGCCGCUUUGUGUGGAAGCAGGCAACAGUGGCCAGUGAACUCUGGGAGAAGUUGACAGCCCGCUGCGUGGACCAGCACCGCCACAUUGAGCGCACUCUGGAGCAGCUGUUGGAGAUCCAAGGGGCAAUGGAGGAAUUAAAUGCAACUCUGACCCAGGCCGAGGGAGUCCGAGCCACUUGGGAGCCCAUCGGGGAUCUCUUCAUUGAUUCACUUCCCGAGCAUAUCCAGGCUCUUAAGCUAUUCAAGGAAGAAUUCUCCCCCAUGAAAGAUGGAGUGAAGUUAGUAAAUGAUCUGGCCCAUCAACUGGCCAUUUCUGAUGUGCACUUGUCAAUGGAGAACUCCCGGGCUUUGGAGCAAAUCAACAUCCGGUGGAAACAGCUACAGGUGUCAGUUGGCGAGAGGCUUAAGCAGCUUCAGGAUGCUCACCGGGACUUUGGGCCUGGGUCACAACACUUCCUCUCCUCCUCUGUUCAGGUUCCCUGGGAAAGAGCAAUUUCACCCAAUAAAGUUCCCUACUACAUCAACCACCAGGCUCAAACCACAUGCUGGGACCAUCCCAAGAUGACCGAGUUAUACCAAACUCUAGCUGAUUUGAACAACAUUAAGUUCUCAGCUUACCGUACUGCCAUGAAGCUACGCAGAGUCCAGAAGGCACUGCGCUUGGACCUGGUAACUUUAACCACAGCCCUGGAGAUCUUCAAUGAGCAUGAUCUGCAGGCCAGUGAGCAUGUGAUGGAUGUGGUGGAGGUCAUUCACUGUCUGACUGCCUUAUAUGAACGGCUGGAGGAGGAAAGAGGCAUCCUGGUCAAUGUGCCACUCUGUGUGGACAUGAGUCUCAACUGGCUCCUCAAUGUUUUUGAUAGUGGUCGCAGUGGAAAGAUGCGGGCAUUGUCCUUUAAGACUGGCAUUGCCUGCCUGUGUGGCACGGAAGUGAAGGAAAAACUGCAGUACCUCUUCAGCCAAGUGGCCAACUCGGGCAGCCAGUGUGACCAACGCCAUCUUGGUGUCCUGCUUCAUGAGGCCAUCCAGGUGCCCCGUCAGCUGGGGGAAGUGGCAGCCUUUGGUGGCAGCAACGUGGAGCCCAGUGUCCGUAGUUGCUUCCGUUUUAGUACUGGGAAGCCAGUCAUUGAAGCUUCACAGUUCCUGGAAUGGGUCAACUUGGAGCCCCAAUCCAUGGUGUGGCUGGCUGUUCUGCAUCGGGUCACCAUUGCUGAACAAGUAAAGCAUCAGACCAAGUGCUCUAUCUGUAGGCAGUGCCCCAUCAAGGGCUUCAGGUACCGGAGUCUGAAACAGUUUAACGUGGACAUCUGCCAGACCUGCUUCCUGACUGGCAGGGCCAGCAAGGGCAACAAACUUCAUUACCCCAUCAUGGAGUAUUACACCCCGACCACAUCCAGUGAGAACAUGAGGGACUUUGCCACUACCUUAAAGAACAAAUUCCGCUCAAAGCAUUAUUUCAGCAAACACCCUCAGCGAGGUUAUCUGCCUGUUCAAUCGGUGCUGGAGGCUGACUACAGUGAGACGCCAGCUUCUUCCCCGAUGUUGCCACACGCUGACACACACUCCCGAAUUGAGCAUUUUGCCAGCAGGCUUGCUGAGAUGGAAAGUCAAAAUUGCUCCUUCUUUAAUGACAGCCUGUCCCCCGAUGACAGCAUAGAUGAGGACCAGUACCUGCUACGGCACUCCAGCCCCGUUACAGACCGGGAGCCGGCCUUCAGACAGCAGGCUUCGCACAACAUGGCCACAGGGAGCAAAGGGGAGCUUGAGAAGAUCCUAGCCCACCUAGAGGAUGAGAACCGGAUUCUCCAGGGAGAGCUGAGGCGCCUGAAGUGGCAGCAUGAAGAGGCCACUGAGGUACCCGCCCUGACUGAGGGCUCUGCCGAGGUGGCGCAGGGCCACUGCAAUGAGGAGCUUCUGGCUGAGGCCCGGAUCCUUCGGCAGCACAAGAGCCGCCUGGAGACGCGCAUGCAGAUUCUUGAAGACCACAACAAGCAACUGGAGUCCCAGCUGCAGCGCUUAAGGGAGCUGCUCCUACAGCCACCUAUUGAAUCCAAUGGCAAUGGCUCUGCAGGCUCGUCUCUGGCUUCCUCUCCACAGCAGUCAGAAGGCAGUCACCCCCAAGAGAAAGGACAAACUACUCCAGACACUGAAGCUGCAGAUGAUGUGGGACUGAAGAGCCAAGAUGUCAGCCUCUGCUUGGAGGACAUCAUGGAGAAGCUCCGCCAUGCCUUCCCCAGUGUACGAAGUUCUGAUGUGACUGCCAACACACUGCUGGCCUCUUGAGGGAACCAGAGCCCCAUCCUAUAGUCCAUGGUCCUCUCCUGGUCUGGCCAAAGGCUUCCCUCAGACUUCACCCAACCUUCCCAGUCCCCGCUGGCCCCACUCUCCUCAGCUGGAGUUAUUUGUGCUCGGGGCAGCAGCAGAGAUUUGGUGGUAUGCGAGGUGGGGGUAGAGGGGCUAGGGGAGGGAGAGGCAUGAUUCCUCUGAUUCUAGAAAUGUGCCCUUUACUUCAAGUUUGAGGUCAGUUCCUUCAGUACGCUUCUGUUGCAGCCCAGGCUGAUGGCACUUGGAAGCCAUUCAGAUGGGUUGCCUUGUGAAGCAGUGCCCAUUGGUCCCUUUCCAUUCUCCAUGGAAUGAUGGAGAUGGAGGGCACCUAAUGACCCCAAGGCUCCAGCACUAUGAAUACACAGAACUUAGCCCUACUCUCUGACCCAACACAAGGGAAGUGAAGGGGUAGCCUGAAGACACUCCCACCCCCCAAAGUACCCCUGAAAAAUCUGGGCAAUGUGUGUCAUGUAACUUCAGCUUGAGAGUAUAGCUCUAGUCCUCCUGAUGCUACCUAGAUGUUGUUUCCUCUGUGAAUAUCUUCAGUUUCUUCUGCCUCAGUCCCUGGCAGACCUUUCUCAAGGGGAAACAGUUCAUUCAGGUUCCUAUUUUCACCUUACUUUGGGAAACAGUAAAGAAAUAUGUAGGGGCUUAGAUAUUUUCCCCGGAUCCUCCUCUUUCCUGAAAGGCUCAGCGUCCUGAGAGACCAACUCUUCUGAGUCGGCCCUCACAGCCCUGGGGGAGGGCUGGCAGCUUCUCAGCAAGGGGGUCUUCUCCUUGGGUGAGGAAAGGAAAGCCCUCCUCUAAACCAGAGGAGUGUGACUGUCCCACACCCUUGACAGAUGUGACCCUUCUUUCUCUUAAGUUAAAUCAGAUGAGGUGGCUGAUAUCCCUCAGCUAAUCAGAAGGCAGAUGCAACAGUCCACCCUGAAUAGCAGCCCUUUCCUAGGGUCCACAGGCUUCAGAUCAGCAAGUUGGCCACUUUCCACACAGACAACAGCAAGGCCUUCCUUUGCAUAAAGCCUUUCUUUCUAACUCUGGAAAAUGAACCCAAUCCUCAAAUUUCUUAGACAGAUUUCUGGAUAAAUCUGCCUAGGCAAUUUUAUCUAACUUUUCCUAGGCAACACAUACCAUGAUCCCUUUAUCCAGAAACUAUUCAGAGUAGAUAAUGGGAGGGGGGAGCAUCGGGGGAGCAGGCUUGGGAACUUUGAACAGAGUCAGGUCUCAUUUAGGCAGAUUUCUGUCAAAAGGAACUUUAUAACUUAGAAUCCUGCAACUGACUUAGUUUGCCUAAGUUUAUAUAGAUACUUAGCUAUCCUUCAUAUCUACUGUACAUCAGUACUACCCCAGCCUCACUUACACAUUAAAUUCUAAUACCUCUUGAAGUAUUAAUGUUCUGCCUUGCUCUUUGUUAGUCCCUGCCUCUGGAUGGACAGAUAAGAUGCCUCCUAGCUGCUCAUUUAGGAUGUCUCUCCAUUCAUAUUUGAGGUGAGCCAUCCUCAAGACCAAAGCAACAGAAAGCCUGUGGCCACCGAGGAAUCUAACAGGAAGAGUCACUCUGUUCUCUUCAUUCAUUCCAAAUCUUGUUCCCUGAAGACCUGGUCCUGGGGUGAAUUUUUCUGGGCUUCUCUGAAUAAUGGUUCAGGGGCCAAAAUAGAGCAAAUCUAAGCUCUACCCACCCUGUGCAUAAAGGGAGGAACAAAUAGCCAGGCUAAGACACAGAGUACAUCUUCUUGCCCCUUCCAAUUUCUAAGUCUGACUCAGGGCUUUAAAGAAAGUAGAAAUUGCUACCAAGGUUAGAAGGGUGUGAGAUGGUUGGAGUGCUCUCUUAUAAUCAAGCAGUAGCCAGUGGGUAGAACUGCUGGGAAACUAGAUUUAUCUACUGCAGGGCAUGGAAGGCAGUGGCUUUGGUCCAGAAACCUAGGAUUGCCUCCUUCUAGAAUCACCAAGGGGCACUAAGCCACAGGUUCAGGGUGUCAGACUUUUUCAUGACAAUUGCCUUAGUGCUCAUGAGGUCUCAGGGCAGGAGAACUGGUAAUAUAUGGUGAGCAGGCGGCAGGUAGGCAUCAAACAAAGAGCCUGGACAUCGGUUAGCAGGCUUGGCAAGGGACCUAUAUUUGUAGGAGCCUAGAAAGUGAAGUUGCUCAGUCGUGUCCGACUCUAACAACCCCAUGGAGCCCACCAGGCUCCUCCGUCCAUGGGAUUUUCCAGGCAAAAGUACUGGAGUGGGAUGCCAUUGCCUUCUCC